GUUAAGCCUCUACAUUAUUUCUUUUUCUCUUUUUUCCUCUAAAAACAUUUUGGUCUGAUAAUCUGACCAUGGUAAAUGAUUAUUAUGACCGGAACAAAGACGAUAAUGAAACAGCUUUACCAAAUCCACCUACUGAAGAAGAAAUAAUGGCUUCUUUUGGGUACAAGCAAGAAAUGAACAAGACAAUGUCUACCAUUAGUAAUUUCUCCAUUGCCUUUGGUUGUUGUUCCAUCCUAUCUGGUCUUACGCCUAUGUGGGGUGAUAUCAUGUUGAUGGGUGGUUCCGUUGCUGUUAUUUGGGGUUGGAUACUUGUUUCUAUCUUUACUUUUGGUGUUGGUUUAUCACUAGCCGAAAUCUGUUCUGCUUAUCCCGUGACUGGAGGAUUGUAUAUAUGGGUGUCGCGUUUGGCUCCUCCGGAAUGGGUUCCAUUGGCGUGUUGGGUUACCGGUUAUUGUAAUUGGCUUGGAUUGACAGUUGCUAUCACUUCUGCUGAUUUGGGUUUAGCUCAAUUUCUAGCAUCUGUUAUCAGUAUUCACAAUCCAGAAUACAAUGUUGAUAUUUAUUGGCAAUAUGGAAUCUUUUUAGUCAUUUGUUUUGUUCAUGGUCUGAUCAAUUCUAUUAGUGUCAAAUAUAAUGGAUUCUUCAAUCAAACCUCUCUCUACUGGCAUAUCAUUGGUACUUUACUGAUUAUCAUUGUUGCUUUGAUAUUGACACCAAAUAAAGCAAGUGCGAAAUGGGUGUUUACCUUUUUUGAAAAUGACACUGGUUUCUCUUCAAAUGGGUAUGCUUUUUUACUUGGUUUGUUACAAUCACAAUAUACUCUCUCAGGCUUCGAUAGUGCGGCUCAAAUGUCUGAAGAAACGGUGAACGCUUCCAAGAAUGCACCAAAGGGAAUUCUUUAUGCCAUAGGAACUGCUGCCAUCACUGGAUUUGCUUUUAUGGUCUCUGUCAACUUUUGUGUUCAAGAUUUUCAGCAACAAAUUGUAAAUACAACCACAAGUCCUCAAAUGACUCAAGUAUUCUUGGAUGGUGUUGGUUAUUCUUGGACAAUUGUAUUCACCGUAAUUAUUAUGGGUGCCAUGUUUUUCAGCGGUUCUGCUUUGACUCUUGGUUCUUCUAGGAUGGUUUUUGCUUUUGCUCGUGAUGGAGCUACCCCUUUUAGUGAUUACCUCUCUCGAAUCAAUCCUAUUACGAAAACACCUAUCUAUGCAGUUUGGGCAAAUAUUAUCUUCGCUAUGGUCAUCGGAUUACUGUAUAUCGUCAAUACAACUGCUUUCAAUGCUAUUGUAUCUGUCAACACAAUCGCAUCAUCCUUAGCCUACUUGAUUCCAAUUGCCUUACGACUGACAGUAGCUCGAUCAACAUUCAAACGAGGACCUUUUCACAUGGGUAGUCUAUCUAACAUUAUCAAUUUCAUUAGUUGUUGUUGGAUCAUCUUCACUUCCAUCUUAUUCGUUUGUCCAACUGAAUAUCCAGUUACAGCUUUAAAUAUGAAUUAUUCAAGUGUCAUCUUUGUCUUUGUCAUUGGUACCUCUGUCCUUUAUUAUCACUUCCGUGCAAAAUCUUGGUUCCAUGGUCCUGGCAAUAGUAUCGAAUUACCAGCAGAUGCUUACGAGUCCGAAACAUAUAUAGAUGGCAUUGAUACAUAG